GUGCGAAUGCACAGACGGUUCAGUAGUAAUUUGAUGUGUGUCCCCGGGGACAUUUGAUGGAUUAAAGCUAAGCAGCUCCAUUUCGCAGCACCACCUGAUCUUCCACUGCCUGUGCCCCAUAUAAAGGCUGGCGUGAUUGCUGAUCUCAGCUAGUCUGACAGUCUCUCUCUCUCCCUCCUCUCCCUGUCUGUCUCCAUCUCUUCUCUUCCUCACUGGUCCCUGAAGCCUGCUGCAUCACAGGAGCUAUCCAGUGCUGAACAGGAUCGCUUUUAUUUUUUAUUUUUUUAUUUUUCCUGGGGAAGCUGGGGGAGCCAGAGAGUAUCACACAGCAUCGCCGUCAGCCUUGUUCUCCACCGGUUUCCAUUUUCUUUCUUAUCUUAUGUUUUUGGCCGCCGUCUUCACAUUAAUCGCACGGAUUACCUUCCAGCCAGCUCUGCUCGCGUGCUUCCUCCGAGGGUUUCCAUAUUUUCUCUCAUGCAUUUUUUUUCUCAGCUCUGUGUUUUUAUCCAUUGAAACAUGCCCCGCUCAUUUUUGGUGAAGAAAAUCAAGCUUGAUGAUUUCUCUUCGUCCAAUGUGGCCACCUCCAACCAUCAUCACCACCACCACCUGGACGACUCGUUCACUUUUGCACGCUCCAUCACAGACUCGGUGACCAGCCUUGGUGUUCGCAUCAGCGAGAAUGGCUACAUCCAGGAUUACAUCACGCCAUCUGUAUACCAGGGGGAGAAGAAGAUGGAGCACAAGUUGGCGUCGCCGGUGUCAGACCCCCUGUACACGCCGCCGAGCAGCGGAGGGGAGUACUGUGACCCCGACCUGAAGCAGCCCGACAGCCCCCAGUCUGGCAUGACAGCCAGCGGCUUCUACAGUGGUGAAUCGGAGGCCCUGGCCGAGGGUUACACCAUGGAUGCCUUUUUCAUCUCUGACGGGCGCUCGAGGCGAAAGGGGGACACCGAGAGUCGUGGAGGGGGCUCCAGAAGCAGCAGCGCCAACGCUGGGACUCCGGAGGGGGUACCCGGCACGGCUCGCCAUUCCUGCAACGAGUGCGGCAAGACGUACGCCACCUCCUCCAACCUCAGCAGACACAAGCAGACGCACCGCAGCCUGGAUAGCAAGAUGGCCCGCAAGUGUCCCACCUGUAAUAAAGUGUACGUGUCCAUGCCGGCAUUGGCCAUGCACAUCCUCACUCAUGACCUCAAGCACAAAUGCGACGUGUGCAGCAAAGCUUUCAGCCGGCCGUGGCUCCUUCAAGGUCACAUGCGCUCACACACGGGGGAGAAGCCCUUUGCCUGCGCCCACUGUGGCAAAGCCUUUGCUGACCGUUCAAACCUCCGCGCCCACAUGCAAACACACUCUGCCUUCAAGCACUACAGAUGCAAGCGCUGCAAUAAGACCUUCGCUCUCCAGUCCUACCUGAACAAGCACUAUGAGUCAGCUUGCUUCAAGGGCUCUGCAGACGAAGACGACUCUGGAUCAGAAGACUCACCCCCCGAGGAAGAAGCUAAAUUUUGAACCCCCGUUGUAGGUUCACCACCAAUAACCCUGUUCACUCUGCCCUCCAUGCCUUUUUUCUUCCCUUUUUUUAGAAAGCAAUAUUUUCACUGAGAUUACGUGAAGAAACUCUAAUGAUUAUGGCAAAGACAAUUUCAAAAAGAUGCUGGAUUUUUUCCCUGCACAGUAGCUAAUCGUCCACAGAAACAUACAAUCAACAACCUUCCCCCAAAUAGAGACUGUAGAUGAUAGUUGUACACAAUGACUCAACAUGUGCUCGCAUGGACGCGUGCUCAUGUAAACACACACAUACACACACACACACUCACGCAGACACGUAUGCAUAUACACUUACACAUACUUGUACUUUAAUCGUUAUGAGGACACUUACUUACAUAAUGCUAUAACCCCCGAUGCUAAUCUUAGUUAUCACAGCUAAAUGCCUAAUCCCAACCUUUAGCCUAAUCCCAAAUCUAACCUGAAACCUGAGACCAGUAAACCCUGAAAUGUCCCUUUGCAUUAGUGAGAACCAGAAUGUCCUGACUUUCCCAAAUGUCCUCACUUAUAGGGUGCAAGUCGCUGGUCCCCACAAGGACAGAAGUACAAGUACACACACAAACACACACACUUACACACAAUUAUAUAUGAGGCCUGGCAUGUGAAUUUUUAUCAAUGACUAUAAUGAUAUUGAUAUCAAUAGUAAUAAUAUUUAGAUUCCUGAUAUUUUAUAGCAAAUAGUAAUGAGAAAAUGACAAAAAAACAACAUAAAAAAGGACUAACAGUGUUCUUUUGUUUUUUAGAGACAAAAUGACCUCUUGUAUUUUUAUGCUGCUUUUUAUUUGCUAAGAAUUGAAUUCUUUUGCAACUGCCAACAUGAACUUUUUAUGAAAAUGUGAACUAUGACAGUAUUUGCAAAAAAAAAGGGAGAUCAUUUUAAAAGGUUAAACGACAAAACCCUUUUUUCCACACCAAUGUUUUAAUUCAACGGAUGUUAUUUUUGUAUUUGAUUUUUCUAAAGUUAUUUUUCUGUGCUUAUUAUCCCUUGUUGAUCAAAAGCAUCUUUGUAACUGUGGGUAUUUAAAACAAAAAAAAAAUAAGCUAAUUUCAAUAAGCUGGACGAGAUGAUGAUAACAGGCCAUAGGUCGUUCAGUCGAAUCCUCCGAUAGCGGUGAUGUUAAAACAUUUAACAGGCCUGUUGAACAGGUGAUCACACCACAUCCAAUCAGAUUCAUAGUCUCACCCUGACGUACAGAACAAAACAAAAAACUCUGAGAGCCAGACCAAAUGAUGUGUUGUUUUUAAGUGCCAUGCGCGGUUUGAUUUGUCUAUAGCAAUGGAAACUCUCGUUGAUCUUCCUCCACCAUGGUGGCUUGCAUAAACUCUGCUGCCUUUAUGGUGCAUCAUCAGUCUUAACAAAGCAAUGUGCAGCCAGUGUUCGAGGUGCUCCGCCACCGCCAGUGUUACCUCAGAGUGAAGGUAUGGACUCACACACCCUCAGUUACAAAGUGACAGUCGAAUCGUUCUGUUUGUCCCUUUUAUAUGUCGCUCAAAGCUCCGCCCACGGUUUUAAAUGCAUCCCAUCUAUUUAUCAUGUAAAUACUUUAUUUAUCUACCUAUUUAUCUAUUUAUUUUGUAUUAUUUAUUUAUUUAUCCUAUUUUGUGUAUUUAUUGAAGACAGAAUUAUUUGUUGAUUAUCAUGUAUUUAUUUUACUGUUUAUAAUUUAACAAUAUGAACAUCCAUUGACCUUGUAAGAUGCUGCUGAUCUUCAAAGAAAAUGUUUAUAUGCAUGAAAACUGUAGAGAGUCCGAGGGACUUAGUUUUUUAAAGAGGAACAAUGUACGGUACCAGUGCUAGAAGAACUUCCAACUAAUGAAUGCAGAGUUACUUUUGUUUUCAUGGCAAUAACUUACACUGACACGGCAAUUUGACAUGUAUAACAAUCACAGUCACUGUCCUGUUUUCAGUCGAUUUAGGGCAAUAAAAAGAAACGAUGAAAAUGAAAAACUUAAAUAUUCUCCCUGUUGCUGUUUCCCCCGGCCUCCUCGUGAACUGGAGGUUUUUCUUUAAAUCUGAGGCAAUAAAUAAUUCCCAGAAAUGGACGUUGAUAUGUUCAUAAACACGUGACACUAUCCGAAAAGAGAGUUGAACAACGAUGGGUGUAAUUCAUCCAGAUUUUAAAAAUGUGCAAAAGCAAUAAAGAUAGUGAUGCAGUAACAACAACACUCCAUCCUUUUACACAGCGAAGCUAAAAUAUGCUACAAGUGUCAAUUUAACUGGAAGAAGCUGAUGUUCCUUAUUUUUUUAUUAUUAUUUUAACUGUCUCUUUUGUUUUUUUAAGAUUAACCAGGUAUAAAAUCUCUUCUGGCAGCUGAGGGCAGACGUGAUUUGACUGAAGUGUUUGAAAGUUACAUAUUCCGCAGCAGGAAACAUUAAUUUCCACUUAGGGUCACUGACAUAAUGAUACGUUUAAAUAUAGUUAAAUAAAAAAAAAAUCACCGCUGCUCCCAAAUGUUUCGGCGCCAUUUAAAACAGCUGAGGUGUUAAAAGGAUAGAAACCUGCUGAGAUCACAUUAUGAUGACUGUGUACAUUUCUAACCAGCACUAACUGGAAAUGGUAAAGAAGGUUUGCUGUAAUGCAUUUCUAAACCCUCCCCCCCAUCCAUUAUUUCCUCCCCCUGCCUGGCGUACCUCCCCUCCCCCGUCCCCACCAUACGUCCUCAUCUCGUCCCCCCACCGCCUCUAAAAACAGACGCACCGAGGAUGAGAUGUGUUGAAGUGGGAUUGGCGGUGGGUGGUGGAGUGUGGGAGGAUAACAGGUGUUUGCAGACAGACUGCAGAUAGGGAGCGUAAUUGAGUCGGCGAGCGACCUCCAAGGGGAAGGUCAAGCACCAGCAGGCAAAUGCACUGUCAGCUAUUUGCAUAUUCCAAAUCAAUGACACGAUCGCGGUGAUGCUGUGAGCUCGUCCUGCGAAACAAAACAAAGCAACAACAAAAAAAAGAACAAAUCAGAGGAGAAAGGACAGAAAAGACGAGUUUCCGCUCUGUCCGUCCGUCCGUCCCAUCGUCUCGUCAAUGGUCGUCUAAGUGCUGCAGCUGAAUCACUGCAUGAGAGCGUUCGAACCACCUGUCUCCUGAUUCGCUUACACACCACUCACCGUUUUGGCACGUCGCUGUUUCAUUGAGCUAUCGCAGAAAUCACCACUUACAGUAGAUUAUUUUGUACGUUUUAUAUUUUACUGUGGAACACAAAUAUGAAUAUGUACCUCUGAAACCUGGGGACGGAGCGAGAUAGAAAGUACGAAGAUCAUUAAAAUCAACUGGGUUCGGAAUCGAACUAUAGGCGUCAUCGUCCCCAGGGGUAAAAAUACUGAUCACAGAAAAAGAGGCACAAUUUGAUUCUAAACGUGUGAAUUUAGAUUUAGGGAAACAUUGUUCCUCUUUGAUAAUUUUGUAAAUAUAUUUGUAAAUAUAUCACAGCAAUAAUAUGACAAUGCAUGUAGACAUUUAAUUGCUCUUUUUCUAUUCAUGUUGUCUUUUAUUUAUUUAUUUAUUUUUAUUAAGAGAAAGAAAAAGACAAAUACAGGUACCAAUUGCAGUCCGGGUGGCCACGUGAAUCAGGGAGUGUCUUGAUUAAAAACGCUAUCUGUUGUAAGUUACAAACGAAAAACUUCAAACUCUGUGUACUCUCAAAGAUUUGAUCAUGUUCUGUAUGAUUUCUCUGUUCUUCCUUUCUUUUAUUUAUGUGCCCGGCUUGGCUGCGCAAUGAAAAAGUGCCAAAAAGUAUGAUUUCCAUGACAAAAGCCUUCAACAUAUGGUCGGCUGCUUGAAACCUUCCAUAUGGUCCUCAAAGAAAAAAACUGAUUAAGAUUUUCCACUUUCUCUCUCUCUCUCUCUCUCUCUCUCUCUCUCUCUCUCUCUCUCUCUCUCUGUUCCAGCUGAGUACGAAGAAACUUAAGCCAUGAUUGCUGAGGGGUGUUUUGAUUUAUCUUGUUCUGCUAAUUAAUAAUGAUGACAACAAUAGCAAUGAUAACGUUAAUAAAAACAAUAGCACAAGGAC